UUUGACGUUUCCAGACGGCGGAAAAAUAUUGAUUUUGAGAGUUUACCUCGAUGGGAGGAUGUUUUUCCUGAAUUUUCGUGAAUUAAAUUGAAAUACGAGCAAAAUGUUGAGGAAUUUCCGUGCCCUGGUGUCCCACAGAUAUUUAAGUGCAAUUUCCAGAGGGUGUCAGGGCCGGGGUGUGAAAACAGCAGCCAGUGGAAGUGAUAUUGUUGAUGUCUGGAAGGCCAGACUGGAGGAACUCAAUGUUCCUGAUGUCAAAUCCUCCCUGGACAAUAUUCUAGCACAUGUCCUCAAUCAGAAGCAGGUUUAUGAUUUAAGCGACAGGAAGGAUUUGGCCCUGAGCCAAGAGCAAUUGGAGCAUUUUGAGAAGCUCUGCCACUGCAGAGUGGCCAGAAUGCCCAUUCAGUACAUUGUUGGUGAAUGGGAAUUUAGGGAUUUGCAUUUAAAAAUGCAGCCUCCGGUCUUUAUUCCAAGACCGGAGACUGAGGAACUUGUGGAAUUGAUUCUGCAGAAGCAGGAACCCACGAGACCAGUGACUUUCCUGGAGAUUGGCUGUGGAUGUGGAGCUGUAUCUCUGGCUCUGCUCAAGGCACUGCCAAUGGCAAAGUGCAAGGCAGUUGAUCAGAGCAGCAUGGCUUGUCUGCUGACGCUGAAGAAUGCCAUCUACCAGAAGCUCUCGGACAGGAUUUCCGUGUCUCAGCACAAAGUUAGUGACAGAGUCAAGGAUGAUGAUUUCUCGGUUAAAUUCGAUUUUAUCGUCUCCAAUCCUCCUUAUAUUUCAUCGCGGGAUUUAAUGGAUCUCGAUCCUGAGAUUCGCUUAUACGAAGAUCUCAGGGCUUUGGAUGGGGGUGAAACUGGGAUGAAUGUGAUAACUGCAGUGCUCAAAGUGGCUUCAAAAUUCCUUACCGAGGACGGAACUCUGUGGCUGGAAGUUGAUUCUCAUCACCCUGAACUUGUCGUUCGAUACCUGGACAUUCACAAAUCCAGCCUGAAGCUCAAAUUUGUGGCCAGCUAUCCGGAUCUCUUCCAGAAUGAAAGAUUCAUUGAGAUUGUCCGUGAUGUACAGGAAAAAUAAAAGAUUCAAAUUCA